AUGGCUGCUGAUCUCGGGGCUGUCGCCCAGCUCCUUGACGCAAGCUUGGAUCCAAGGCAGAACAAGCAAGCGGAACUUGCUCUACGUCAAGAAGAGAAAAAGCCUGGCUUCUCACUAUCACUCCUUCAGAUCACCGCCUCUGCGAACUAUCCUUACAACACCCGCCUUGCGAGCGCUCUAUGUUUCAAAAACUUUAUCAAAAGGAAUUGGACCGACGAAGAUGGCAACUACAAACUUGCAGCCGACGAGGUGGCUACCAUCAAGCGUGAAUUGAUCAGCUUGAUGAUUUCCGUUCCUGCGGGAAUCCAAACUCAGCUGGGGGAAGCAGUCAGUAUCAUUGCCGACAGUGACUUCUGGGAGCGAUGGGAUACGCUCGUGGAUGACUUGGUUUCAAGACUAGAUCCCAAGAACCCAGCCAUCAACAACGGUGUUCUGCAGGUUGCGCAUUCGAUCUUCAAGAGGUGGAGACCGCUAUUUCGCUCAGAUGAACUCUACACCGAGAUCAACCAUGUGUUGGACCGGUUUGGGAACCCAUACUUGGCCCUUUUUGAGGGCUUGGAUGCGUUCCUCGAAGAAAACAAAUCCAACAAGGAGAAACUCACCCAAGGCUUUACUCAACUCAACCUAAUGAUCAAGUUACUCUAUGACCUAUCCUGUCACGACCUUCCGCCGAUGUUCGAAGAUCACCUGGGGGCUAUCUCUACCCUCUUGCUGAAAUACUUGCUGUACGACAAUGAACUGUUGCAUACAUCUGAUGAGGGCGAAUCCGGUCUCCUAGAGUUUGUUAGAGCUGGCAUAUUUGAGGUUCUCACCCUCUUUGUCCAGAAGUACAUCGAUGUGUUUGGCAGUCACGUUGGACAGUUUGUUGGAAAUUCGUGGAAUCUUUUGACCACUAUUGGGCAAGAGACGAAAUACGACAUUCUCGUCAGCAGGGCUUUACAAUUCUUGACGUCUACCAUAGUCAUUACCGAGCACGCAUCGAUCUUCCAGGACCAAAGUACUCUCAGUCAGGUCAUCGAAAAGGUCAUCCUGCCGAACAUUAGUCUGCGUGAAUCGGACGAGGAAUUGUUUGAGGACGAGCCAAUUGAAUUCAUCCGACGUGAUCUUGAGGGUUCUGACAGUGAUACAAGACGGCGGGCGGCUACAGACUUCCUGCGACAGUUGGCCGAUAAAUUCGAAGAUUCCGUAACCAAGGUCGUUUCUCAAUAUACAGAUCACUAUCUUGCAGAAUACGCAAAGAAUCCUGCAUCGAACUGGAAAUCCAAGGACACUGCAACCUAUCUCUUCUCCUCAGUUGCCGCAAAGGGCACGCCGACCGCCAGCCAUGGUGUCACUACUGUCAACCGCCAUGUGAACAUCGCGGACUUUUUCCAGAAGCAUCUUGCUGCAGACUUGGUUGCUGAGAGCGGAAUCCACCCCAUUCUGAAAGUUGAUGCUAUCAAGUAUCUUUACCUCUUCAGAAGCAUUAUCACGAAGCAGCAGUGGCAGGAGGUCUUUCCAUUGCUAGUGAAGCAUCUGGGCUCUUCGAAUUAUGUUGUUUACAGCUAUGCAGCUAUUGCUGUGGAACGGGUUCUGAAUCUCUCGGAUGGUCAGGGCCAGCCAGUCAUCGCACCCAGCGCGAUUACACCCCUGGCAAAAGAACUCCUGGAACAUCUUUUCCAGCUUAUUGAAAAGGACCCAUCGCCUCCGAAGGUGCAGGAAAACGAGUUCUUGAUGAGAUGUGUCAUGAGAGUCCUCAUCGUGAUCAGGGAAAAUGUGGUGCCUCACACCGACAUAGUUCUGCAGCACCUGAUUAAAAUCACGCAAAUUAUCAGUGGCAACCCAAGUAACCCUCGGUUCUAUUACUACCACUUUGAAGCCCUCGGCGCUUUCAUCCGAUUUGCAGCACCGACCAAUCCAGAAAAGCUGGAGCAAGCUCUUUACACUCCAUUUGCUGCGGUCCUUCAAGCAGACGUUCAAGAAUUCAUGCCCUACAUUUUCCAGCUGUUUGCUGCCCUUCUCGAAGCCAAUCCUUCAGCAACGUUGCCAGAUUACUAUCAGAACUUGAUUGCUCCAAUUCUUAUGCCUGUUAUGUGGGAGUCUAGAGGGAAUGUCCCUGCACUUGUCCGCCUUCUAUGCUCUAUCAUCCCCAGAGGUACCCAAUAUAUCAUGCAAAACAAUCAGGUCGAGCCUAUCUUGGGCAUUUUCCAGAAGCUCGUUUCAACAAAGGCCAACGAGAGUUAUGGAUUCGAUCUUCUGGAGACCGUUGUUGAAAAUUUCCCUCCGAACACCCUGGAGAAGUAUUUUAUUUCCAUUAUGCAGAUUAUCUUGACACGUCUGCAGAACUCGAAGACGGAGAAUCUCACUCUGCGUUUUGUCCGCUUUUACCACUUCAUCUCGGCCCAUGAUGAGAAAGGAUACAGUGCGGAUUUCUUUAUCCAGGUCACUGAGAAAGUGCAGGCCGACCUCUUCACACCAAUCUACCUCAACAUCAUCCUCCCUGAGUCUCAGAAGCUCGCUCGUCCUUUGGACCGUAAAACAGCGGUUCUUUCCUUUACGAAGACGCUUGCGAACUCGGAGGCCUUUGCGAAUCGGUACAAGAAAGGAUGGGGUUACACUUGCGAAGCAUUGCUGAAGUUGCUGGAACUACCACCCCUUCCUGCUGCCAAGGAUGAUAUCAUCGCCGACCAUGAUGUUGACGACAUGGCGUUCGGGGUUGGGUUCACUCAGUUGAGCACCGUGCGACCGCGUCCGAAAGAUCCGUGGCCAGAGACCGGAGCCGAUCUCAAGGUGUGGGUUGGGAAGUAUCUCAAAGAAGCGGACACCAAGCACGGAGGCCGGAUCAGCGGAUUCGUCCAGGAGCGGUUGUCUGAUGAAGCCAAGAGGGUUCUGGGUAGCUAUAUGACGGCAUGA